GCCACUGCAAGGCGCACGUGCGACCGACCUCGACGCCAUCCCACUCACAAGCUGCUCGCUUGACAAUUCUCUUCGUCGAAGCCUCGAGGUGUUUCCAAAUCGCUUCAUUUUCAAUCACCCAGUGGCUUCCAAUCUUUAUCCCAAAUUACUGAGAUAAACUUGGAUCGUUUCUGUGUCUCGUCGUUGUAGCAAUUGCCCCGUUUGCCCGCACCCGGGGAACGUUUCCGAAACCACCGGCAGAGGCUACACAACCCCAACCACCGACCCCUCUGAUUGUCAUCUGGUCUGCCAACCCUCCAGUUGAGUCACCAUGAGGUUCGGAAAGACGCUGCGGACUGCAGUGUACCCGCCCUGGAAGGGCAAGUACAUCGACUACGCCAAGCUGAAGACACUUCUGCGCGAGCAUGAUGUCACCGGUGAGGACGCCAGCGACUCGGACGAUGGCCAAUGGACCGAGCAAGACGAAGAGGCCUUUGUGCAGGAACUUCUCAAUGUCCAGCUUGACAAGGUCAAUGCUUUCCAAUCAGAGACCUCGCAGCAGCUCCGAGAGCGUACCACUGCGUGCGAGGCUAAGCUCCGUCCGUUGGCACCGACCGCGGACCAGGAGGCCUCGGACCUGGACGACCAAGAGAAGCGCAAGAUUGCCUCGGAGGUCCUGCAAGAGCUUGACAAUAUCACCAAGGAAGUCAGUGAGCUCGAAAAGUACAGCCGUAUCAACUUCACGGGUUUCCUCAAAGCCGCUAAGAAGCACGACCGCAAGCGUGGUGCUCGUUACCGUGUUAAGCCCCUGCUGCAAGUGCGCCUGUCUCAAACACCCUUCAACUCCGAGGACUACUCCCCGCUGGUUCAUCGUCUAUCGGUGAUGUAUUCAUUCGUGCGCGAGACCCUGAGCCAGGAUAUCGUGCAACCAAAGGAGUCGGAACGUGGAUUACGCGACGUGUAUUCGUCCUACAAAUUCUGGGUGCACACCGACAAUGUUCUCGAGGUUAAGACUUUUAUCCUGCGCCGUCUGCCUGUGUUGAUCUACAACCCCGGAAGCUCGAAAAAUUUGGACGGUCUGUCCGACGAUCCAGCCAUCACCUCUCUCUACUUCGAUAACCCCCAAUUUGAACUCUACACCCAAAAGGUCGCUCGCGCCUCUGAAGCCGGCUCUUUGAGGCUGCGGUGGACCGGACAGCUCAAGGACAAACCGCCCAUUUUCUUGGAGAAGAAGAUCGUGGCUGAGGACGACAGCAGCCGUGAAAUCAGGGUCCAACUCAAGGAGAAGCACAUCAAGGAGUUCCUAGAUGAUGAGUAUCAUCUGGACAAACAAGUUCACCGGAUGGAAGAUUUGCAUGACGGCGAGGGUUCUGCGGAGGCUCAAACCCUGAAGGACAACGUGGAAGAGUUGCAGUCCUUCAUCAAGGAACACAACCUGCAGCCCAUGCUGCGAGCCAACUACACGCGCACUGCAUUCCAGAUUCCCGGCGACAAUCGCAUUCGAAUCUCGCUUGACACCAAUCUCGCCUUGAUUCGCGAAGAUUCCCUCGAUAGCGAGCGUCCUUGCCGUGAGCCUACCGAAUGGCAUCGCACUGAUUUGGAUGAUGCCUGCAUGUCCUACCCCUUCGAUAACAUUCGCACUGGCGAGAUUGUUCGCUUCCCCCAUGCUCUGUUGGAGAUUAAGCUGCGCGGCAAGGCCCACGAUGUUGAAUGGGUGAAUGAAUUGAUGUCCUCUCACUUGGUCAAGGAUGCACCCCGCUUCUCCAAAUUUGUCCAUGGUACCGCACAGCUCUUCGAAGACCACGUCAACAGCUUCCCCUUCUGGCUGAGUGAGCUGGAAAAUGACAUCCGUCGUGACCCGGAGACUGCGUUCCACGAGGAACAAGAACGCCUUGCCAAGCGUGCCGAGGACGACAUGGCCGUUGGCAGCUUCAUAGGAGGCGCAGGCAGCCCCAGUGGUCCUCUGUCUGCAUCUCCCUUCAGCCGGUGGGGCGAGUCAGGCAGCCGCACUGCGCUGCGUCGUGCCUCUGGCAUUAGCGAAGCCCAAAACAAACCUAACCGCCGGAUUUCUGUCGUUGCGCCUCACCCGCGUCGUGAGCCCGAGCCCGUUGCUGAGCGCGUGGAGGAAUCCCCGGAACCUCAGGAACCCCCCUCUCGCGUCGCCGCAGUCUUGCAGUCAAUGGGUCUCAACCCGAAGAACUGGACUGGCCGGGAGGUCGUCUCCCUACCCCCAGGUGUGCGCCACCCGGGCAUCUGGAUCAAGGACUCGGGUCCCGUUCGUGUGGAAAGCAAGGUGUGGCUUGCCAACCAGCGUACAUUCAUCAAGUGGCUGCACAUCAGUAUCUUGCUAUCUAGUCUGUCUCUGGGUCUGUAUAAUUCUGCUGGCAAGCACAACCGGAUCGCUCAAGCUUUGGCUACUGUCUACACCUUCUUUGCCCUAUUCUCUGCUGCUUGGGGCUGGUACAUGUACGAGAAGCGCUCUCGACUCAUCCGCCAGCGCAGCGGAAAAGACCUUGACAGCAUGUUCGGUCCGAUCGUCGUUUGCAUUGGUCUGGCCGUGGCGCUAGUCCUCAAUUUCGCCUUCAAGUACAAGGCUGUGUUGCAGCAGGGCUAUGACAAUGGUGUGCCGCUGCACUCCAACUCCUCCGUCGUCAGUGGCGUGCACGCCGCCUCCUUUCCAGAUGGAGCUGCCCACUUGCUGAACCAGCAGCAGGUGCUGUAAGUGUGAAAUUACAUUGGAAUGAAAUGAAGUCAAUGGGACAGGUUCCCAUUUGUAGGUCAUUUCUUUGAGAUUGUACAUCGUUACCUGUGUCCAUAAGCCUUCCUGAUGGGGGUUCAAGUCUUUUCUUUUGCUGCAUUUGUGGAGCCAGCGGUGUAUGUAUUAUGAACAGCUUGCGUCGAAAUUGAAGUUUUCCCGAUGCGAUUGUAUUCGACGUGAUUUCCUAGUAUUCCGUUGUGGGAUGCGGAGCGGUCUUUAAAUUUAACCAACAUCCCCG